AUGGAGUUCGAGUAUCAUCCCGAGCUGCUUGAUCAUAUCUGUGUCAAGGUGCCUCUCACCACCGUGAAUCAUGAAGCUCGCAGCGUUGCCAUCAAAUGGGCUCUAGAGCAGGGCAUUGAGGUCCGUUUCCACGAGGGCAGACAGUGCUCUAUCUUUUUGCGCCCUUUUGACCCAGUGCGCGACGUGAUGUGGUUUAAUCGGGACGUGCUCGAAGACUUUGCUGAAGAGUGCUCGGGUAUGCAUCCGCUAGCCGAUCUUCGACAAAAGCUUUUUGUUCCCAUUAAAAUGGAUCGGUUCGCUGUGUCUGAACAUGUUUGUUGA